AUGUCGUUGUCAUCUACCUAUUAUUCUUCUUUUCCUUCAUCUCGAAAAAGUCAGCAUCAAUUACCCUCAUCUAUACCAUUUUCAUCUCAACAACCAAAACGUACCAUUCCCAAACAUAAUCGCUAUUUAUGGUUACGUUCACGUGAAGUCGGUUAUCGAACACCACCAGUUGUUUCAAGAUCGAAUAAUGCCCGAUUUUUACUCCGACAAGGCGUCUAUCGCUCAAUCUACCCGUCUUACUCAAUUCUAAUGGCCACUGUUCCAACAGCAAUUUAUUUACGACGUUUUUCACCAAAUGGAAAAUAUCUUCUCACAUUUUCACAAGAUGUACAGCAAUUAAUUGUCUAUAACUAUUUGGGUUUUGAACGUGUUUAUGAAUCAUUAGAAAAAUGUUCUUCAUCGACCAAUUAUACUCGUUUAGAUGAUACUGAUAGUGGUUUAAAUUCAAAACGUGAUUUUUUAGCAUGCGAAAAUUUACGUGAAUCAACGUUUGAUCAAAUAUUUUCUGUACAUUGUAAAAUUCCAAUAAAACAGUCUUCAUCACAAUCUGGCUAUACUCUAAAUCGAAAUCAUAUUUAUUGUUUAUUUUCUCGUGAUCAAUAUGCCAUUAUAUGUUCGUCAAAAUUGGUUAACGAGCAACAACAUCCACCUUAUGCACAAUUAGUUCAAACAAAUGAAGAUUUAAAUCCACUAUCUCGCUUCUAUUUUGAACAUUUUCUAAUUUAUUUAAUUGAUUAUCAUAACGGUUAUAUUUGUCAACAACUCGAAUUUCAAUAUGAUCGAAUUGGUCUGACAUUAUAUGAUUCAACUCUCGCGAUUCUAUCGAUUCAACAUCAAAAAAUUCAUUUAUAUCAUGUUGAUGAGUUAAAUGGAAAAUUAAUUGAAAUUUUAACAAUUGGAAAAUUUACUCAACCUGAUGAAGAAUUUCUGUAUAAUUACAGUUUACCAAAACAUUUACUUUUGUUAGCAUCAUCGAAAAAUAAAAAUAAAUAUAAGAAGGGAAAAUUUUUUACAUCAUUUUAUUCGAAUACGUGGGGAUCAAAUGACAACGAACGAAAAAUAUUUAGAAGACGACCACAACAGUUGACAGAUGAGAUCGAUGGAGGUGAGGGAGGAUUACAAGCAGUUCAUAAUCAUCAGGUUGACACUCAUUCAAAUGAGUCGACAGCUUCAUCCUCUUCUUCCACCGACAUAGUUCUCAAUCCUGUAAACGAUCAAUUAAAGCCAGCAUCGUUCGUCCGUGAUGAAUUGAAUCGACUUUAUCAUUUUUCACCAUCUACUGAUGUUCCUUCCACUCUACCAACUGUUGUACAGCGUUCAUCAUCCUUUACGUCACAUUCACUUCCUGGUCAAUCUCCAUACGGACUUGCUCGUUCAAUUUUUCAACGUGAUCGAAGAAAUUUAUUGUUAUCAACAAAUAUUCAUACAUCACCUUUUUCACAUACAAGAACUACAAAUAUUCAAAAUUAUCAACAUCCAUCAGAAUAUUCUGAUGAUUUUUCCACAAUGGUUCGACAAGAAGAUUUUGAACAGGAUACCACAGAUGAUAAUGGUGAUUAUGACGAAUCUGAUCUGGAGACAACUGAUCGUUUUGGCCUCUCAUCAUUGUACAAUAUCGAAAAUGAUUUUGAUUAUGACUCAUCGCAGAUAAAACCAAUGUUACCAAUGAACGAUCGACAAUUUUCUACUUUAAAACAACGCCUUCUAACAUUUCUUUAUAAACGAGCAAAAUCGAUGCAUUGUAAAUUAAAAUUUGUUCAGACAUUCAAUGAUUAUCUAUUAUUAAAGUUUUACAAAAUGCAAUUUUUAUCUAAAGAUAUUUUGCUUCUCAAAUUUGCUCAUGAAGAAAUUGUUAAUAAACGUCAACAAGAAAAUGGUACAUAUUAUUCAUUAUUUGUCGUCUAUAAUAUUCGUCAAUCGUCUAUACUGAAUGUUUAUGAUGAUUCAUCACAGGAAUUAGCAAAAAUAUUUGAAAUAUAUAAUGAUGAAUUUCGUAGUUCAGCAUCGUUAAGCACCCAAAAAUUAGAAUAUUAUCCAUUAUCAACAUAUAGUGGAAGACAACAAUUUCAACAACAGUAUAAGAUAAAUAUGUCACCGACUAGUUCAGAUGGGGGAGAAAAUGUUAAAAAACUAUUAGUACAACUACCAUUACGAACACUCACGCAUACAACAUCACCUUAUUUGGAUUUAUCAUUGUAUUCUUAUGAUGAUAAAGUAAUAUCAUUAGAUGAUAUGAUUAAAGCAUGUCCAAAUAAUCCAAUUCGAUUUUUUUGUCGUGGUUGUCAACGAAUGAAAUUUCAAUUAACAUUGACUCAUCGUUCAAUACAAACUACCGCUCAUGAUAAUAUAACAACGACGAUCAUAACACCGGCAAUUACUAAUAAUUCUCAUACAUCAGCAAAUUCAAAUACCAAUGGUUCACAAAGACGAUCAACAUUAGCCACAAUUUGGCAUCCGAUUGAACCUUUUGUUAUUACAAUUCAACGUUGGCCUAGAGAAGCGGACAAUAUACAUAAUAUACAUUUGUACAGACCACCAACAUUACAAAAUAACAAAUAA